AGUCUAACAAAAAUCGGUGAUGAGUUCGGACGUACUUGUGAGUAGGCGUCGCAACGGCGGCGAAGUGUCAAGCCUGAGGGUUCGGCUAGCAGCAUUAUUCGGGUUUGUUUUUGGCUUUGCCAUGGCAUUUGUCACGCUUUUAUCUUACGGAACUUCGGUAACAGAGAUACUCAGUGAAAGACCAACAACUACCCUCGUUAUAACCACAGGAGAGGUGGGUUCAUCUUACGGGUCAUCUUCAUCAUCAUCAUCAUCAUCAUUAUCCAGUCCGAGUGGUGCUAUCGCCGCCAAAUCCUCCUACCCGGAUUUAUUUGAAGAAGUUCGCAUAGUUUGCAUAGUGCUAACUUAUGCCGACAAUCGCGACAAGGCGACACAUUUGAAAGCAACUUGGGGCAAACGUUGCAACCGAUUGAUCUUCAUAAGCAACCAAGACGACCAGGAUCUGGGUGCAGUUGAUAUUGGCGUUGAGGAUAGUCAUGACAAUUUGUGGACAAAAACACGUCAGGCAUUUAGUUAUGUCUAUGAAAAUUUGUUGCACGAAGGCGAAUGGUUUUUGAAGGCAGAUGAUGAUACAUACAUUGUGAUGGAAAACUUGAGAUAUUUGCUGUACGGAUAUGAUGCACAAAAACCUAUCUAUUUUGGCCAUAAAUUUACCUAUGAUGACAAUGUUUACAUGUCUGGCGGAGGAGGUUAUGUCCUCAGCAAGGAGGCACUUAAACGUUUCAUAGUUGAUUCCCUUAACAAUGAAACACUAUGCCUCAAGGCACAGCCUUCAUCUGAAGACUUUGAAAUAGGAAAGUGCCUAACAAGUGUUGGUGUGAUGCCUGGAAAUUCUAUGGAUCCCAUAGAUUAUACACAAAGAUUUCAUCCUUUACCACUUCGAGAUUAUGUCCAACCAGAUGCAAUGGAUUGGCUGCCAGGAUGGUUGUUUAAUAGAAGCUUAGAACCUAUACAAACGGGACCAUCUUGCUGUUCUGAAUAUGCAAUAUCCUUUCAUUAUUUAGAAUCAAAGGAUAUGUAUUUGUAUGACUUUUUUCUAUAUCGAAUGAAAGUUCAUGGAAUUGAGAAGCAAUUACGAGCGUUACCAAGCAAAAUAUCAUCAGAAAUUGGAUAAAAUGACAAAAUUACUAACUUUUAAUAUUAACUUUCUGUGAUUUUUAUAAAAUCAUUCUUUAUUAUAAAAAUUAAAGUUAUGUAACUAUCCAUUAAGCUUUAAGUUAGCUUAUGUUUUAUAUUAUUGUAUUACUAUAU